AUGCUACAUGAACAGAUAAAUUCUCCAAAGCACUCACCUCGUGCUGCUCUCGUAGUGUCGCGUAGCCAUUUUUCCGAUAAUAUAGCUGUAGUCAAAAUCACACCAAAUUCAGCAAUAGAAGCACCCGUGAAAAGUAGUCGCACUGCUCCGUUGUGCUCUGCCGUCGUUAUCGACUUUCGUCUGGCAGCUAGCCAAGCUCAGCCCUUUCUACCUCUUAUGGGUGGAGCCUCGUCAAAUGACGGGAUGAAGGCGGAUGGAGGACAAGAGUAG